UUCCCGGCCACCACGUUAAUUCUUGUCACUACAUAACAUAAGGGAUGAAAAUCGAGGACGUGAAUGCCCUGGAUUCUGAUGCUUUCAUCUCCCUGUUUGGCAAUAUCGUUGAGAAUUGUAGCCUUAUUGCUGCGGCGAUAUGGUCGUCUAGACCUUUCUCUGACGUCGACGACAUUCAAAACCAGCUAAACAAGUUUAUUGAUCUUUUGCCUCGUAAUGGAAAAGAGGGCAUAUUGAGGAAUCACCCAGACCUAGCAGGAAGACUAGCGGCGGCCGGUCAGUUGACCAGAGAGUCCACCCAGGAACAAAAAGCUGCCGGACUGGACACACUGACCGCCGAGGAAAAAGAAAAACUGAACAAAUUAAACACCGAAUACAAGGCCAAAUUUGGAUUUCCGUUCGUUAUUUGUGCACGCGAGAAUAAGAAGGACGCUAUACUUAAAGGUCUUGAGCAUCGGGUACAAAACGAUCUUGAAACUGAGACAUUAACCGGUGUUGAAGAAGUGAAGAAAAUAUGCCGCCUACGAUUGCUUGACAUUAUGGAAAAUCACCCCGGUGCUAAAUUGUAACUGGUUCGCAAUGCUUAGUGUGGUACUUGGAGUGAUCUCCAUAAACUCAUAAUAAUUUUGACACAUACAGGGAAGUGGAAUUUAUAUUGAAUUUAUAUGGAAUUUAUAUUCAUAUUGAAAAUGCAAAAUUUGUGAUGAAGGACUUAGAGGUGUAAAAUUGAAUUGUUUACUGUUAUAGUUGUGCUAAAUAAUAGUGGUAGAAUACCAAGUGUGGCAAGAAUGGUAGUCCGCAAGAAACCGAAACUCGUUCCCCAUUACUUUGUACAGAUGACAUUCGUCCCAUAUACUGACCCCAAUUCGCAAACUAAUCCUAACCUGUACUAAUCAUAACGAUCCCCGGGUUAUAUUCCUAGGACCACCAUUCCUGUUACACUGGUAUUAGGAAGUGUACAUGUAAUAAGAAGCCCAUGGAAUAUUUUAAAGCUAAGAAAAUAAUCGAUAUUUUAAAACUAUUUCUAAUACUGAAAGUUCUUGUUGAUGCUAGAAAUUGCAUGCAUAUAUCCUGUGCUUACUUUAUUACAAAGGCGUUAGUUUCAUUGUUUUCCUCUGCCUCUUACUUUUCUCCGUAACCAGUGUGUAAGAAAGAAAUUUAAAAUAAGACAUCGGAGCGCGGCUAUUGUAACUCCUUGCAUUAUAACCUAUCCUGAAGACCAGUUUUCUAUUCAAACACGUUUUAGGUAGGUAUCGACUUUUAGUCUGGAUACUUUCUGCAUGUAGUUUUUUUUUUCACCCUUUCAGCUUUCACGUUUUUAAAUAAUCAGACAUGAGCUUUUUUCCGCUGAAAAGCGUAACUCCACGUUUAUUAAUUCAAUUCUGAUGGUUCCUGAGGUGUUGGGUCACAUGAUAAAUGCUCGGAGGUCUCUUUCUUUUUGAAUCCUAGGCUCAUGUCUGAAUAAUUCUUGGUUAAGAAAAAAUUAUUUCGGACUUGAGAGUAAGCAUAUUGUGCUUCUUUUCUGUUGCUUCUUUUUUGUAUGUGUACGCAGAGCGCGUAUUUUUUUCUUGGUUGUUUUACAGAAACGUUGAUCUCUUUCAAAUUCUAAAUAAGGUCACUAAGGCCAAGGUAAAUUUAUUUAAUAAUAAUAAUAAUAAUAAUAAUAAUAAUAAUAA